UCAGUUAAGAGUCCUGACACCCGCCGCGCCCCCGCGUCACCGUCGCCGCCGCCACGGUCGUGGUGGCGUCCUCGUACGGCUGUAAUACGGUGAGGAAGAGAGGGAUGUGUAUCAGGCCAUGGGGUAAUGGAGGGCGGCAUCCCUGGGACCUCCAGCGGGCUGCUAGUCUCCUCCCACUCAUACAGCAUGGAAGCGCUCGACUCGACUCCCUCGCCUACGACGUUAGGCUGAAAUGUAACUUGGAUAGCUUUUCUCUCAAAAGGGAGGUUGUUCAGGAAUUGGGACCAAAUCAAAAGACUCUGUCUCCAAGUUUAACCAUGCUUGUUGAAGAUGUCGCAGAGGAAAUAUCGUCAGGCAAUACAACCGGAUCGAUUCGUAGUUCUUUUGAGGCCAAUUGUUGCCGGAGCAGAAUCGAUAAUGAAGGUCAUCUAUCCAUGCGCCUCUGAUGGAGUCAUGGCAUGCGUUUGAUAUCCUUAAGUCAUUGAUCUGUUACCUUCUCUGGAUUUGGUUCUUGUGGCUGCUAGUUCUACUGAUACAAGUUCAUUAUUGAGCGCUGAGCUCAGAUGCAGGUUCCGAGUUAUUUUCUUCUCCGUUUACUCGUUUAAUAAAUUUACGCACCUAUGUUACUCUGUUUAUUUCUGUUCUUAUUUAAUCACACAAUAAAGUAGAUACAUGUCAAUUUGGAUGCUCUUGGUAA